AUGAGAGCGGCAGCGCCGCCGGCGCGACGCGGCUUGCGAAAUGCGACUCCAUCGACGCGAGGAGCAAGCAGCGUGGGCGCACGCACGCGCACAGCGGUCCGCGCACCCAGCGCGCAGCGCGCAGCGCCGCGCACGCAGCCUCCCGCCGCGGCGCCGCACGCCGCGGAAGCGCACGAGCCCGUGCCUGAGCGCCGCGAGACGCCGGAGGAGGCAGACGCGCACGUCGUGGCGAUGCUCGUGGCGCUCGCCGAGUCGUACCUGCACGUCAGCGACGACGCGCAGAGCAGCAGUGCGGCCCUCUCGCUGACGCCCGAUAUGGCGUCGGCCACGCUGUACGCCUCGCUCGCACUCGCCCUCGACGCAGCGUGCGUCCCGGCACGCCGGCUUCUCGCGAUGUGCUACCUGAUGGGCGGCGCCGCACUGCUCUUCCCGUUCGCGCCGUCGUCGUUCGCCGACGCGCGCGCGCAGGGCUACGAGGCGCGGGAGCCGUCGCGUGCGUGUGCCCUGUCGGCCAUCCAUGUGCUGCAGCAGGGUUCGCACGCCACGUUCCUGGACCCGGGGUCCGCGCGCGUGUAUGCGUCGGCGUGCCGCGUGCUCGGCCGCUUCCAGGAGGCGCACGACGCCCUGCAGUACACGAUGGAGCACGGCACGAAGCGCAAGGCGUCCGACGGCGCACUCCCGCCGGCGCGCCAGGUGUACGCGAGUCAGAUGUACACGCACAUGGGGCGCAUGGCGAUGAAGCAGGCGCAGUACGCCGAGGCCGCCGCGCACCUCCAACUGGCGCGCGAAAAGGACCCGUUCAACUGGAGCGCAUGGACCGCCCUGUGCGAUAUGGGCAUGGCCCCGCCAGCCGACACAUCGUUCGUGCUCCCAGGCGUGCGCGCGGACGCCGCGCCCGACGCGCCGAGUGGCGCGAAGCGCGUGCGGCCCGAGCCGGGCGUGGCGGAUGUGCUGGCGCUCGUGCAGGAGCUGGGCCAUGCGUACCGACACGUGCGGCUGUACGAGGGCGCCGUGGCCGUCGCGCAGCUGUGCACGAGCGCGAAGGAAGGGCCGGCGCGCCGCGCGUUCCGCACGGCAGGCGUGUACUGCCUGCUGGGCCGCGCGCUGCACGACAUGACGGAGUAUGCGGACGCCGAGGCGUACUUUAGCCGUGCACGCGCGCUGGAGCCGAGUCUGCUGAUGCACAUGGACAUUUAUUCGCUCGUGCUGUUCCAGCUGCACCGCGAGGUGGCGCUGUCGGCGCUCGCGCAGGACCUGCUGGCGCUGGACCCGCGCUCGGCGGUCGCGCACAUGGCGGCGGGCAACACGUGGUCGCUGCAGCACCAGCACGACGCGGCGUACCAGUGCUUCCAGCAGGCGACGCUUGUGGCGCCGGAGUGUGCGUAUGCGUACACGCUGGCCGGCUACGAGGCGCUGGAGCUCGAGCAGCCGGUGCGGGCUGUGCGCCUGUUCCGGUGUGCGCGGCGGUGUGACCGGCGGCACUGGAAUGCGCUCGCGGGCCUCGGGCAGGUGUACCUGCGGCAGGGGCAGCCUGCGCGGGCGAGUGAGGCGUACGCGCAGGCCUUUCUGAUCAACCGGAGCAAUGCUGUGCUGCUCGACCUGCUCGGCUGGGCGCUCGAGCAGACGGGCGACAGCGACGGCGCGCUCGCCGUGUACCAGCGGGCGAUUUCGAUGCAGCCGAAGGCGGCGAUGACGCGCCUCAAGAAGGCGCAGCUGCUGCUCCGCACGGUGCAUGCGGCGGAGCAGGACGGGGGCGAUGCGCCGCCGCUCAGUGCGCGUGAGCGGGCGCAGCGGCGGCAGGCGGCGCAUGCGGAGCUCCUGCGUGUGUGUGCGCUGGCGCCUGCGGAGCCGCGCGUGCAUCUGAUGCUCGCGCGCUCGUACAUGCGCCUGGGCGGCGGGCGCUUUGCGCCGAGCCACGAGGGCAGCAGCGGCGUGGCUGCGACGCCGCCGCGCGAGGCGCACAGCCCCGUGCAGCUGCCGCACGCGUUCCACGCCGAGAUUGCGCAGCACCUCGCGGCGGCUGUGGAUCUGGACCCGCGGUACGUGCGGGAGGUGAGUGCGAUGGGCGACCUGCCGAAGAUGGCGCUGCACGGCAUGGGCGGCGCGAUCGCCGAGGACGAGCACGAGCUCGCGCUGGCGGACGAGGAGGCGCUGGAGAGCUAUGCGUGGUCUACCUACUAG